AUGACCCUCCUGGACCAGCUUCCCACCUCGGCCAUCGUCGAGAUCGUGGAGCGCCUGAGCCCGAGACUUUACAUCGACUUCAUCCGCCAUCUCCCCGCCGAAAUCUGCCUCAAGAUCCUUAGCUAUCUCGACCCCGUAUCCCUUGUUAGUGUGCUGCAGACUUGUCGGGCGUGGUAUGACCUGGCCGUGGAUCGGAAGCUGUGGGAGCGCCUAUACUACCUUGAAGGCUGGAAGGCUGUGCAGACCGAGAUCGAUGCGUGGGAGGUCAGGGUCAACACGGGCGUCAGCAACUCGAUAGGGCACCUGCAUAGGAUGCAGACGUCGGAUCACCACCCAAACAAGAUCCGGGCCAUCCUCAACAACGACGACGAUGACGAAGACUUGGAGAUGACGGACCAGGACAGGCUGCCUAGCAUCGUCGACAGCGGCGCUGGGCCCAGCAUUUUUGGAUCUGCCGGCGCGCUGCAGGCUUCGAGGCAGACGCUGCCCUCUUUGGGCGACAUGCACCUGGAUAGCUUCUCGUCCGCCAAGGGUAAGGCCGUGGACCGGGGCCUUGGGUCGUCGUCGUCGGAAAGCAGAGCUAAGCGCAAAGAGCCCAGCGGCACCCCCGAGAUGGUGCUGCCAUCCAUCGAGGCGGGCGACACCACGGCGUCCAUGAUCAAGUCGACCCUGUGGACUUGGGACAUUAACAGCUCGCGAUAUCGCAUCAACUGGAAGUACCUGUAUAACAUGAGGCGCCGCCUUGAAUCGAACUGGGAACUGGGCAAGUUCAAGACGUUUGUGCUGCCGCACCCCAGCUACCCCGAAGAAGGCCACCAGGAAUGUGUCUACACCUUGCAGUUCGACGCAAACUACCUCGUCAGCGGCAGCCGAGACCGCACGAUGAGAGUCUGGAAUAUGCAUACGCGCCGGCUGGUCCGCCCGCCUCUGACUGGCCACACCGGCUCCGUUCUAUGUCUGCAGUUUGACGCAGACCCGGCUGAGGACAUCUUGGUCUCUGGCAGCAGCGAUUCUAAUGUCUUCAUCUGGAAGUUUUCCACGGGAGAGCUGGUGCAGAGAAUCACGCACGCCCACCGUGAGUCUGUCCUUAACGUCAGGUUUGACAAGCGUGUCCUCGUCACCUCUUCCAAGGACAAAACCAUCAAGAUUUUCAACCGCCGACCGUUGCGGUACGGCGACUUGGGCUAUGGAGCCGUAGAUACGGCCUUCAACCCCAUCGGCAUGAGCGUUAAGCCUUACGGCUACGAACCGGAUCUUUCUCAGGAGCUGCCUGUCAAGCCCCCGUAUACUGUAAUUGGCAGAUUGGAGGGACACGGCGCUGCUGUCAACGCCAUCCAGGUCCGGGGAAGCACCAUCGUUUCCGUCUCUGGCGAUCGUCACAUAAAGGUAUGGAACUGGCCGGACCAGGUCUGCACACAAACCAUCCCAGCACACGAAAAGGGCAUUGCCUGCGUCGAGUUUGAUGAGCGCCGAAUUGUGAGUGGUAGUAGCGACUACGAAGUUUGCAUUUUCGACGCACCAACCGGCCUCAAAGUGGCCUCUCUCAGAGGACACGCCCAUCUCGUCCGGACAGUGCAAGCGGGCUUUGGCGAUUUGCCAUACAGUAAGGAGGAGGACUUGGCAGAGGCCAAGAGGGUCGACGCCGAGUACUUUAAGGCCGUAGAGGCUGGAGAGAUUGACCACGAAGGCGACCGGAGAAUCCGUCGCGCCAGGAGAGUGAACGCAGGAAGCUCUCGGCCGGCCGACCUCCAGGCGACCGGUGCCAAAGUCCCGCCGGGCGGAGGCGGUGGACGCAAAUAUGGGCGCAUCGUCUCCGGUUCGUAUGACCAGAGCAUCAUCAUCUGGCGGCGCGACAAGGAGGGCGUGUGGAAGCCUGCGCAUCACCUCCGACAGGAAGAAGCCGCCGAGGCCGCACACAGGCAAACUGCCCUGACCAACGCCCAUCGACAGGGCACCCAGCUUGCCUCGGCGGCCAUUGCCGUGUCGCCGGUACAUCCCGGGGCGCCGCAGGGCAUGCAGUCGUCGCCCAUCCGAGACCCGAGCAGCGAGAACAGCCAGAUGGCACGCAUCUACAUGGCCAUGAUUGACCAGAUUGUCCCCGUCGGAGCUGCGGCGCUGAGGCAGGCACUGGCAAACCAUCCAUCCAUGCUCAUCUACCACGGCUACCUCCAGGCUGCGAUUGAGCGGGAGCCCUCGCCCUUUGUCCGAUCACAUCUUAGGCAGGUGGUGGCGGAUGGCUUGAUUGCGAUACAAAACAACCAGUCGGCCAGACAGCGCCUCAUUGCUCGCGGCAACUCCCAUAUCCUAGCCCCUGUCACUGCAGAGGCGAGAACCCCAAACCUUGUCCCCGGAUAUACUCCCGGCGCAAUGGCAGGGUCCUCUUCCGCCGCAGCGGUCGAUAUCAACGGCGGCAGCAGCAGCAACGACCAUCGACAGCCAGCAUAUUCCCCGGCACCAGCAUCACAGGCGCAGCCAUCCACCCCUCUCCACGCACCGGUGCCUCAGCCUUCUCAACUUUCUAUCCCUCCCGGCCAGGGACCUCCUCCUCAGCUUCCUCCCAUUGUCCAACCAGAACCUACCGUUGCCCAGCUGGGAACGGUCGAAAUGGCAGACGCCGCACAAGCUGCGGAGCAACACCCGCGCAUUGUAGCGGCUGAGAACCCCCCAGCGCGCGUUUUCAAGCUCCAGUUUGAUGCCCGCAAGAUUAUCUGCUGCAGCCAGGCGCCAGUCAUUGUGGGAUGGGACUUUUGCAACGGUGAUCCGGAACUGGAGGAAGUUGCUCGCUUCUUCGCGGCGAUUGAUUAACGGCACAUUUAAGCUCAGGGUGAUUUGCCACCAGAACAAAUACAGAGCUUAUACGCAAAGUUUCAUGCCCAACGGCGACUUGUUGUCGGGAGGAGUUUAGGGGGGAAACAACAUAGGUUUGGCAUAUCCAUCAUAGGCUUUUUUUUAUUAAACGG